AUGGUUACAAUAGCUUUAGAUGUAGGCCUUCAAAAUCAAGUGGCACAUUUAAUCCCUCUAUGGGGUAACGUUAUGUUAGAUGUCGAUCACUGCAUGAACAAACAAUUGAUAAGAUUUAGGCUGCCUAAUGAACUUCAUCUGCUGAUCAAUAAUGAAGUUGUCCAUUACUUUGUUCUCCCAAACCAUGAACGAACAAGUGUCCAUAACCACGAUAACUGGCUAUACCAAUUAGAAGGUCAAGAAGAGGCACCUACACCACCACAAACCCCUCUCACCCAUGAAUUCCAUCCCGCACCUCUGUCAAAUGUUUCUUCUUCUUCUGUAAGUCCUUCUACUCCCCAAGGGAAUGAUAUUGACUAUGAGCUCAAUGCCCUCAGACGUGAAGACACCGCUCUUCGCAUAGCCUUACAAAAUCAAACAGAUAUUGAUGUUCUCCCUUCUACUAGUGCCCCUAUUGAGCAUGCAUCAGAGAGUGUUUAUACUGAUGGUGAGAUUGACCUUAGAGAGAGGUCACCACCUAUUCAUACCUCCAUGCAUACAUAUCCAUCACCCUACCAUUCAGCUGCACACGCUGCACAUAAUGAAAUAUGUGAGCUAUUAGGAUUCAAGAUUAGCCGUGAUGCCUUCACUGAGUUUCCUCGUGACAACUUCAUCCACCUGAUGGUAGACGGUCAGCCAGGUAGACGCCUGACAACGUUUUUUGGGCAUGAUUCUCAAGGUACCAUCGUGAAGAUAUUUUUUCUUCCAUCUAGUGUGAUGAUUUUCUUCCCCGGUAACUUUGAUAAGACUAUUUUAGAUGAAACAAAAGAUGUUCUAAUGGAGUUUUAUGCACCAUGGUGUGGUCAUUGCAAGACUCUUGCUUAUAUAAGGUUGGAGGAGGAAGUAGUUAUAGCUAAUGUUGACGCUGACGAAUACAAAGAUUUGGUAGAGAAGUGA